UCCCUUAACGACAGAUGCCUUGAGCUGAUUGUUCCGAUAUACACACAUAUUUACAUAGCUGGUCUUGACAAACACUGACGUGGUAUCCAACAUGCUCAUUCGAAACACAACUUUGCUCUAUCUGAGUUUAAUCGCAAGCACGGGCAUGGCAAACACGGGAAAAGAAGUGGUUGACGACUUGGGCGGCGAGCGAGCUGUAACAGAUAAAGAAUUAAGUCAAAUGAAAGCUGACGCCUACAGGACUGCUUGUAAUGCUAGGAAGUCAACAGACAGACAUGGGUUUUAUACCGAAAACGCUGCUACCAAAGUACACCAUGAUAUGGCCAUAAAAUACCAGCAGAUCUACGAAGAAGCUCUCGAGAAACAAAAAGCACAAAAGAAGUAACAAUCGGAGUUACUUGGUCUUACUUUAGUCCAACUUCAUUAUAUGUAGAAGCAAAAUAAACACCCUAACUUAUCCUCAAAAACCCUUGUCUUUGACAGGCCGAAUUCUACCCACCCAGAUUUCGGUACCCAAACUCGCUGCCAGUGUACGGAGUCGACAUCAGCAUUCUUCUGGCAAUGGAGUCGUAAAACCCUGAGUAGCAGUAUAUAGUCCAGAUUGG